GAAAAUGUCUCACUACCAUUUCAUCAAAUGCUGUUGCUUCCAGCUAUGUAAUGUCUUUCGUCAGAACAUGGAGAUAGACCAGUGUCUGCUGGAGUCUCUCCCCAUUGGCCAGCGCCAGCGGCUGGUCCGGAGGAUGCGCUGUGACCAAAUAAGGGCGUACUACGAGAGGGAAAAAGGCCUUCAGAGACAACAAGGUGGCCUCAAGGUUCGAGCCCCGGCCACCCAGCGCAAGAAACACCAUGUCCGCUUCGGCCUCCCCGAUGUCAUACAGGAUGCCAUAAUUCGCCAUGACUACAAAGAAGUGUUGCGUCUCCUGAAGGAGGGAGCGGACCCCAACACUCCCAUUUCUUCCGGCGGAUCUUUGCUACACCUGUGUGCUCGCCAUGACAACGUGUUUGCGGCAGAAGUUCUGAUUGAGCGAGGCCUGAACGUGAACCUGCAGGACGAAGACCUGUGGACCGCCCUGCACGUGGCGUGUGUGUGCGACCAUGCAGACGUGGUGCUGCUCCUGCUGCUGUCCGGGGUGAAUGUGCUGCUGCAGGAUGUCAACGGAAACAUUCCUCUUGACUACGCAUCCGAGGGAACUGAGACCAGCUACAUCCUCCGAAAACACCUGGAGGAAAAUGGUGUGGAUGUGUCAUCCAUGCAUGCAAUGAAGAUGCAGAGACCAAGCACAAUGCUGUCUGAUGUGAGACAGCUUGUAGCCAAGGGGGAAAGCAUCAACCAGCCCAAUGAUGACGGGGUCACUCUGAUCCACAUAGCGACCGCCAGUGGUUAUAGAGAAGUGGUUUCUGUGUUGUUGGAGAGCGGGGCGGACCCUCAUCCUGCUGACAACAACUUCUGGACCCCUCUUCACCUGGCUGCUAAAUAUGGAAAGACAAGCAUCGUUAGCCAGCUCCUGAGGCACAGAGCAAACCCGACUCUGUUGAACUGCAACCAAGACAAGCCCUCAGAUAUUUCCGCGUCAGAGCCCAUAGCUGACAUGCUGCUGAAUGCAGAGGAGAGCUGGCUGCAGAGACUAAAGGACCCCUCCGCCCCCCUACCCUCCACUGACCAACGCUAUGAUGGCGGUUCACACGACCUCAACACUCCUGUCAAGAACUUGAACCCCCUGGGUCUCUCUAUCUCUAAGCGGGACAGUCUGCUGGAGAAGUGUGCCAUGUUCAGAGAGGCAGGUGGAGCACUGAGCCGACAGCCCUCACAGGACAAUGGCCUAGAUGGCCCCUUUAGCUCCGGUGCCAGCAAACUGGAGCAGGUGAAGCUGAUGCCUCCAGCUCCCAAUGACGACCUGGCCUCCCUCAGUGAGCUGACCGACAGCAGUCUGCUCUACGAGAUGCAGAAGCGCUUUGGCAACGACCAAAUCUACACUUACAUUGGACACAUCCUUCUGCUGGUCAACCCAAACAAAGAGCUGCCCAUCUACUCCACCUUGGUGAGUCAGUUGUACCUGAGCUCCACGGGUCGUCUGUGCUCCUCUCUGCCGCCUCACAUCUUCUCCUCAGCAGAAAGAGCGUACCACAUGAUGCUGCAGGAGAGACGCCCACAAUGUUUCAUCUUGAGUGGUGAAAGUGGUUCUGGGAAAACGGAGGCCUUUAAGCACAUAGUGAGACAUCUGACAGCCCGCUCCAGCCCCAAAGGCUUUGCACUGGAGCCCAGAAUGAAACACGUAAACUGUAUUCUGGAGGCCUUCGGUCAUGCAAAGACUCUGAAGAACAACAACUCGAGCCGUUUUAUCAAACUGUUGACCAUCCAAUACUGUGACAAAAGGAAGACACUGCUCAGAGCCCGUGUGUACGCCCACAUGCUGGAGAAGUCUCGUCUGGUCCACCUGCCUCCUCAACAACACAGCUUCAACAUCUUCCAUCUGAUGGCUGAGGGCCAGUCGCCUGAGGAGAACAGCGCACUUUACCUCAACAAUGUCCUGGCUCAUAGGUAUCUUAGUGGAAGACUUCCCGGGGAGAACCCUCCAGUAGCUGAAGCCUCCACCGAGAGCAGGGAGCGCCUCACAGCCGUCAAACACGCCCUGCGAGCCCUGGGCUUCAACAAGCAGGAGGUUGACUCAGUGUUUACUCUGCUAUCUGCUGUGCUCCAUAUUGGGGACAUACGGUUUACUGCAUUGACAGAUGCCGAUACAGCCUUCCCUUCGGACCUGCAGCUGCUGGAGAGAGUUGCUGGAUUGUUGCAGGUGUGCUCCGGGGACUUAAGCAAUGCCCUCAUCUCUGACGUUCAGUACUUUAAAGGUGACAUGAUCACCCGACGCCACACGGUGGAGAUGUCAGAACAGUACAGAGACCAGCUUGCGAAAGCCAUCUAUGGUCGCCUCUUCAGUUAUCUGGUCAACAGCACCAACGAGUACCUACAGGGACAGGACGACAGCAUUGGUGAUCCUGCCCUCGAAAUCGGGAUCUUGGACAUCUUUGGGUUUGAAGAAUUUCAAAGGAAUGGAUUUGAGCAGCUGUGCGUGAACAUGACCAACGAGCGGCUGAGGCAGUAUGUCUCUGAGGUGCUAUUCCAGCAGGAGCAGGCUGAUUGUCUGCAGGAGGGCAUCGCCAUGGAGACCCCCCGCUACUCCAGCAACCAGUCAGCCGUCCUGGACUUCUUUCUUCAGAAGCCUCAGGGGUUGCUGUGCGUGUUGGAUGAGGAGAGCCAGAGCCUGGGGCCGGCGGAGCAGAGUCUGUACAAGAGGCUGUCAGCGCAGCUGGACUCAUGUCCCACUCACGGUCUGUCUCUAACGACCAAGGAUGGCAACGGAAACCCACCACCCAAAGAUCAGGGGCCAGCCUUCACUGUCAGCCACUACGCCGGACAGAUUUCAUAUGAUCUCACAGGAUCACUCACAAGAAACAAAGACUCCCUUCCUCAGAAUCUCCUGUUUACGAUGAAGUCCAGUGAGAGUGUGUUACUGCAGCAGCUCUUCCAGUCCAAGCUGACUCAGACUGGUUCCCUGGUGCCAGCAGCGCAGGGCCGUGCCGGGCUGAGGGGGCCUAAAGCCACCCUGUUGCUCCACAGGAUGCCACCAUCCUCCCUUGUCACUGUCAACAGUGUCCCCCAACAGCCCCGGAGGUACCAUGACCUUUCCAAGAUCUUGAAGAAGAAAGGAUCGAGUUCCUUCCUCCAACGGCUGGAGCGCUGUGGGCCCAUCACAGUGGCUGUCCAGCUGAGGAACACACUGUCAGAAGUGAUGAGUAAGCUGCAGGCUUGCACUCCUCACUUUGUGGAGUGUGUGCGCCCCAACACAAGCGGUCAGCCCGAAAGUUUUGACAGCUCCCAUGUGUCCACCCAGCUGCAGUACAUCGGGGUGCUUGAGAUGGUGCGCAUGAUCCGUUAUGGAUACCCUGUCCGCCUCUCCUUCCCAGGAUUCCUCAGCAGAUAUAAAGAUCUUGUGGUCCCGACUUUGGGAGACAAGAAGAAAUUGUCCCCUGAAGAGAGAUGUCGCUCCGUUCUGCAACAGUCCAAACUCCAGGGAUGGCAGAUGGGCAGCAGCAAAGUGUUUCUGAGGUACUGGCAGGCCGACCAGCUGAACGACCGCUGCUACCAGCUUCAUAAAAAGAUCAUCACCUGUCAGAAAGUGGUGCGUGGCUGGCUGGCCAGACAGAGCGUUCAUCGCAGGCUGUCCUCACAGCAGAAAGAGGAGGGCGGUGUGCAGCGCUUCCUGCAGGGGGCAGAAGACAUAGGGAUGCGAACCUAUGACCACUUGGUCAUCCAAAAUGCUUCCGACAUCUCAAGAGAGAGCGACCGCCUGCGCUGCCAUGGCAACAGCCUUAUCAACAUCCUUGGCAACAGCCCACCACUUGGUGAGAGGCCUGAGCCAGUGGGCAAGGAGGAGGAUCAGCCCAUGAAGAGGGUUGUGGAGAAAAGUGGGAAAGUCUACGAUGGUCCUGUCAAUGGGGGCGGUCGAGUUAUUCGCCACUUUCGGUCUAGCUCAGUACCCAUCCCUCUCGCCAUGGAGAACAUGUUCCCUUCCACAGCGAGUCCACCCAUCAAACCAGCCCUGCAGCAGGUGGCUCAUACCAACGAGGAUGGGGCAGGCAGGGGGGGUCUCUCCUCCCCUCGCAAGCAACCUCCGCCCAAACCAAAGAGGGACCCCAACACCCGCCUGAGUGCAUCUUAUGAAGCAGUUAGUGCAGGGUUGACGAUGUCAGCCAAAGAGAGUCCCACUCCUGAGGGAUAUGGUUCCCCAGCUGGAAGCCCUCCUAAAUCCCAGCUGUCCCCCACAGACCCAUCAGCCUUGUCCAAGCCCCGUCCCCACAGUGAUGACUACACAACCAUGAGGAAGGUGCCACCCCCGAAACCUAAACGCAGUCCCAACACCAAGCUGUCAGGCUCAUAUGAGGAUAUCAACGCUGCAUCUCCACACAUCCACCAGUUCCGUCCUGCUGAGGUGAAGCUGGCCUUGCUGUCCCGGGCUGGCGGUUUCUGUGGGUUUGGUGGUUUAUUGCAGAAAGCAGCAUCUGUAGAUGUCCCACAAGGGCUUGGACUGAGCCUGUACCGUGGCCAGGGCGAAGAGGACGUGUACAUAGAGAUGUUGGGCUCCAAGCAGCGGGCCCGGAGCCUCCAGGAGCCUCCUGACAGCCCGGAGCUGGAUGACUCGGAGGCCGUUUACGAGGAGAUGAAGUAUUUCCCUCAUGAAGAUGGUCCUGCCACCGUGGUAAGCAAGGCGGCCAAACUGGAGGCCCUAGGCUUGAACCUGGUGGGAUUGUGUGCGUCUCCCCCUCAUAGCGGGGAGAUCAAACGGAUGGCGGCAGGGUUGACGGCUGCCAUGGACCUCACUCACUCACAGAGCACUGCCAACAGCGGCAAAGACGGCAGCUGCGACAUCCCCUGCCCCCUUCCCCAACUUGCUCCCCCCACCGUCCACCUUCUCCUGGUGUUUCCCCCCUCCCCCGUCACCUGCUCUCCUGCUUCAGAUGAGUCCCCCCUCACCCCUCUAGAGGUGAAGAAGCUGCCCGUGUUUGAGACCAACCUGAACUAUGCUACCGGCCCAGACAGCCCCCUGUCCCCUCAGUACGCCCGCCAGAGGGCCGACUCCUCCCCUAGCCUCACCGUCCUCAUGCCAGAGAAGAAGCCCACCACUCCACUCACCCCUCCACCUCCACCUCCUCCCCCCAACGCCCUGCCUCCCCCUUACAGACCACCGUCACACUUCCCCUUCCCCCCACCUGAGACCAACUUCCAAGGUAUUACCAGAUGUGUCACAGGAAGCUCAGACCCUCCCAAAACCUCAUGCGCUCAAAGGGCAAUUGGGGAACCCCUGGGGAAGCCCCCUCCCUAUUCCCCAGUGAAGAUGACCCGACCUGAGCCUCGGAGGGCACACUCGUGCUCCUCCUCGCCCCUGCUGUUCAACCCAGCCAAUGGCAGACCCCUGACCAGCCCCCUGGAUGAGCUCAACACUCUGUUCAGCUCGGGACGCAGCCUGCUGAGGAAGCCCAGCUCCGGCCGAAAGACCAGAGAUGGAGGAUUCAAUUCUAAUAUCAACCUGCCGUCUGUGCAGCUACAGGACAAGAACGCCAACAACCACACACAUCCUCACUCCCAAAGCUCCGCCCCCGUGGAGAACGGCAACCAGAUUUCCAACGGGUCGCUGGAAGAUGAGAGUCACAGCAAGUCAAACUCCUCAAGCUCCACUCUACACAGACACAUGGACAGCCAUCAUACUCAGGUGUUCCAGCGGUUACGUCUGUCCAACGGGGAUGAGAGUGCCACCCUUGGGGAUCUUCUGCGAUGGCGACGAGUUCAGUGUGAGGGGCGGGGUGACUGGAAGCACCGCCCACCUCAGACCCCCCCCCAGCCCCACACGCUGCUCUGGACCAACAGGAAGGCCUCUCCAUGACAGAGGUUAUAUGCAGAUGCAGCUCCUUUUUCUUUUUCACUCCAGUCAGAAUCACAUUUUUUUUUCUUUGGACCAAGUUACCUCCAUGCCCAUGAGUUAUGUUAGAGCGUCAAGUCCCUGGGCUGAAGGUCCCGCCUCUGCGCCUUUGACCUCGACUGUGGAGGAUCCCAUAACCUAAAUGAUACAAACUCGGCACUCUGUAACACUUCUAUGAAAAGAUACAGUGGGACACAGACACAGUAAAAGUCUAUAGAGAUCGAGAUUUUAUUAUUAGAAGGAGACAUAUUAUGAAUUAUUUUCAGUUCUUCUAAGACAAAAUGUAUGACGUCCAUAAAAGGGUGGUUGAAUUAAAGAACAGAGUAGUAAUGUUUUCAUAGUCUAUUAAAUGGCCCUUUUAGUCUGUCUGUAUGCUAGCCUGUGUUGUUCUGCUGCACCCAAAGGAGCUCCACCCCAGAACAUGGUGCUGUAAUACGUGACUUGCUGUCCUGUGAUGUUCCCAUGAAUGCUUGUGCGUGCGCCCCCGAGGCUCUGACCUCUCUGAAGUUUACAAGUCAAACAUGGCCUUCGUACGGGAUCAGACAUGGGACCUUUUCAGGUACAGCUCUCACCUCGCCUCUCACAUUCGGGCACCAAGUGCUACUGCAGCCCUGGCAAUGAGAGACCAGGGGUCAGGGUAACCUCAGUAAUAUCCCAAGGUGCACUUCUCUUCCUCAUUGUUACCACCAGCCUUUGGGGAACAAAAACCUCUGGCCUAAAUAGAAACUACUGCACUUACCUUUACGAGGAAAAGGGGAUCCAACAAAAGAAAGGACUGUGGUUUAAGGUAUAAAGGUAAAGCUAAGUAACAUAGCUUUAGCUGACAGGUAUAUAGUUCAUGUUGUGAACAUGAAACUCUGUGCCAAAGUGAUACAACUUGCAAAAUAGACGUCUAAAAUAAUAGAGUUAUUUAAAAAAUACUCAUAUGUACAGACUGACAUGAAUGACCAAAUCAUAACUGUGCUUCAGUGUUGAUUCAAUGGACCGUUUCUCAAUAGAUCAGAUGAACAUGGAGAAAAGAAGAGAAAAAAACAAACAGUCUACACUUGAAAAGUAGCAACUAAACUCUCAUUGUGUCUCAUCAACACCUGAACAGUUUUGUGUGUUGGGUGUUGUUCAGGAGACUGUGCAGAGCUCAGGAACUCACGCACAGAUGAACUCAAUUAUUGUACAGACCUUCAUCUCCUCCUCCUCGACCCCACCAAACCCACCUCUUUCCCACCCCCCCUUUCUAAUGGAUCAAACCGGCUCUACGGGUGUUUCCAUGAUGACCGCUUUGUAAAUAGUGACCAGUGUUGUAUGUUCAACCUUUUACUGUAUGAUAGGAAAGCACCGGGAUUGAAUUGAAAGAGGAAGAGAUGAGAUAAUGCUGUCUAUGAUGGUGAAACUGAGAUUUAAGAAUGUCUUGGGUUAGAUGCAAUGACUGAGGUAAAGAGAAGAGGUUUAUUUUAAAAUGUGAAUAUCUUUUUUUCAGAAUGAUUGUCUAUGGCUAUUAAAUUCUUUAUACUCUAUUUAAUAUUUCCCCUCCCUCUUGGCCCCUUUGUUCUGUUCCAAUGAUGCAAGGCAAAUGUUUUCAUUGUAUUUGGAUGUUUUAUUGCACAAUAUUUAUGUGGUGUGGUGUUGACUUCGGUAAUGGGCUGGGCGUGUCUCAACAAGCUUUUUGAUCUUUGAAGAUCGGUCGGGAUUGUUGGAGCCGCAAAGUAUCAAUAGCUCUAAUUGAUUUCUCAUUCCCACUGAUCACCCACAAUGUGUCUGAUUGAUUCGGACUUACGAAUUAGCAGCGCUAUCACAGGAUCGAUCUCAGCUGCUGUCAGGGCCCAAAUAUUCGAGAGGGAUUAGAGGAUAUCACGGAUACUCACAACAGAGAUGGCUGAGCUGCAUUUUUGACUGACUGGCUGAAUGUAUAAUAGCAACGUUUUCUUCCACUGCCUGAAACCCUGUGUAUAUUAUUACUGGAACAUGCGCCUGUAUCUAAACAGUGUACCUGACUGCUUAAUGUGAUUUAUUGUCUUCAGAAGUUGUGUGUGUGCAGGCCAUUUUUUUAAAAAAGCAAGUUAAUAAUGAUGCAGAAUUUCUGAUACGGUAUUGAUUUGCUCCGUGUGCUGAGAUUGGGGUUGCAUGAGUAGCACUGCAAUGCAGAACUAUGUCAAACAUUUUCAUCACGGUUCAGCCAAGAUCAAGCUACUCAACCUUGCCAAUGAAAGAAAACAUAGAGCCUCUGAAUUAGUCCUUUAUCAUGAUCAGGGUUCUGGUUAGUCGUUUGCAUUAUGGUUUUGUGUGAUUCCAUGUUCACUGAAAUCAUGAAAUGAGGAGAUUAAUUGUUUUUGUAUUGUCUUUUAAAGCAUAUCAAGCUUUUACCUUGCAUGACCACAUGUUGGGCCCGGCCCUUUAUAACGUCCUCAUGCUGAAAAGAUAAAUAUGGCUUUAUAAUGUGAAGAACAGCUUCCCACUGCACUGUGAAUCAUUGCACUGUCCCCUGUCUGUCAUAUAAACACUCAUCAUCCAUUUACAUCCACCUUUAACUGGACUGCUCCGUCAUUUACAAUCCCUGAUGAUCAGUCUGUCGUAAGCAGAACUCUGGCAGCCAGUCAUUGUUGUUGGUCAGGAAUCUAUCAAUCCUCUGCUCUGAGAUCAGCUCUCUGGUGCUACAGCCAGUGCAGAGCGGCCAUUUUACCGUCCCCAGUCCAUGUAUAGUUGUCCGGAGAGACACAAUAUUUUAGCAGGGGUAUCUCACUGCCUUUCAUAGUGUUGUUGCUUUUUUUUUAUUGUUGUCGUCUUUCUUUUU